CGGAUUUUAGACAUUGGUCUACUGGAAUGGCCUGUUGUUCGGCGGCUCUGGCAAUUUGAUAUUGAUGCGAUGAUUUUGCUCAGAUACAACGACAGCACUAUGCGAGGACAUCGAUACUCUUCAUAUUUUGUUUGUUUUUUGAUUCUCUCCCCCCUCAAUCGUCGCCUUCGUUUCAGCCUUGAUUUGUUGGCUGUGGAGUCAUUUCUCCUCAGAUCCCAUAAGCAUGCUGUAUUUUUUUUAUAAAAAGAUAUUGAUUCGUCAUCUAACCGCUCGUUUGUUCCGUGGCGAACGGCACCUCGAUUACGUCUUUCUUCCGCAGUUUUGAAGCAAGAUCACCCUCCUUCCCCGUGGAACAUAGAUUGUUGUGACUUCAUACUUAUAUUGCAACGAUUCUCUCCAUUUCAUCAUUCAACCAAUUCUCUCUAUCCAAGCAUCUUCCAAAACCUUUGGCUAUGCUUACAAGAUAUUGAGUUCAGGUAAGCUUUUUACCUUUCCACGGUAUCGGGGAUACCCCUGCAAAGUUCAUAUAACUUUUCGCGUUUUACAAGUAUCGAACCUGGCGGGUAUACGUGAUCUGCCACGCAAGAAAUCAAGAGUCAGGAAAUGAAGCAUUUCGAUUUCCAUAUGCAAUCCACAGAAGAUCUUUCAACCCCCCCAAGCCCGAGGGGUAGAAACCCCCAUAUUUCACUGACAGCCCCCCAGAGGCCGUCAAGUCCAAGUCCUGCUGCACGACCGAACCUCUUGGACUCUCACUCCAGGAGUGCAGGAGCAGCUAAUAGCAGCCGAUCUCGUCAGUCGAGCCGUGUGAGGUUCAUUGGCGACGAAGAGGCGUCAGAACAAGACAACAGCCCGAGUCCUCCAAAUGGAAUAAAUGUUGAAUGGAGUCUCCCACGAGCUCCACCAAUAGCUUAUUCUCAUCAGCGCACAGAGUCUGAUGAUUCGUUCGGCUAUUUUGAUCUCCAGCGAUCAUCAGGCAGGUCAACUCCUUUGGGCGGCAACGAAUACAUAUCUAGCAAGGCCAACCUUAUCAGCAAGGAUGGGAAUGCGAGGGAAGAAGAAGAAGAAGGUGAUGAAAAGGGAUGGGCUCUGCACGGUGCCCACGAAAGAGCACAGAGGCUAGCUUCCGCUAUACGUCCACCCUCCGUGCGCUCCAAAGGACAGAGCGGUCUUUUUCAGACACUUUCUCGCCGGGUUCGAAACAGGCCUUUUUCAUUGCCACAGCAAUCCAAGUCGCCAUCUUGGAAUGACCUAGAUAAAAUGGAGAAGCAGUCAUACGGUUCCGACAAUGAUGAUGAUGGCGAUGUCGAUGAUGGGCAUACGAACGCGGAGUUUCAAGCCCAUGCCGAUCAGCUGAGGCGAGGCUUGGCCGGUUUAAGUUCCUACCCUCUCACCAGAACUACUGCGCACGACGGUGACAUCCCGUCUGGCGCCGUCACCCCUCUUGAAGAAAGGGAAUAUCAGGAGGAUUACGUUAAGCGGCCAUCACAUUACAGGCCCGGGGUUUUGGGAAUGUUACUUGGGAUGUAUGGUAGCCGCAUGAGCAACGGACCGCAGACCCAUGAUACAGAGUUACCCUCACCCGCACCUCUAUGGGGAAGCUGGUCACGACCUUCAAAACGGAGAUGGUGCAGUUUUAAGUCCGCUAACUUAUCAAUGCCUUCCUUUGACUCAAUCUCGCCGUUCGGAGGACCUCGGCGAUCGUCAGUUGUGAAGAAACGAAGGAUUCGUGGCAACAGUGGCUUUCUCUUGAAGAAUAAAUUUAAACGCAAGGAGGAUAUGCAUUUCACGGCACAUAUUCUAGAAACUCGCCAACGAAAGAAAUACCUCGACAGACUCUGCCGUGCUCUGAUGAAUUCUGGGGCUCCGCUGCAUCGACUGGAAGAGUACAUGAGAACGACAGCUCGAGCUCUAAAAUUGGAAGGAAGCUUUACGUACUUUCCUGGGACCAUGUUUAUGGCGUUUGAAGAUAGUGCGACGGACACCACUGACUUAAAAUUUGUCCAAUCGCACGAAGCCGUCGAUUUGGGCCGCCUCCGUGACAUCCAGGAGAUUUACAAAGAUGUCGUUCACAGCAGAAUCGAUGUAGAGGAGGCGAUUCGGAAGCUGCGGAGUGUCAUGAAUGCGAAACGCAGGUUUGGAAUCUUCUGGCUGAUAUUCUUGAAAGGGCUAGCCAGCGCCAUGGCUGGACCCUUUGCUUUUGGUGCACGGCCAAUCGAUAUGCCCAUUUGCUUUAUUCUAGGAUGUGUACUUGCCGUAUUACAGCAUGUCCUAAUACCCCGUUCAUCGAAUUAUGCCAACAUCUUCGAAGUGUCCGCUGCUGUCAUCACCUCAUUCUUUGCUCGAGCAUUCGGAAGCAUAAGGACUUCAAACGGAGAACCUCUCUUCUGCUUCUCUGCAUUGGCUCAGUCUUCGAUAUGUCUGAUUCUUCCAGGUUAUAUCGUCUUGUGCGGCGCACUGGCAUUGCAAUCGCGCAAUAUUAUUGCCGGCUCCGUCCGCCUGGUCUAUGCCAUUAUCUACUCCCUUUUCCUUGGUUUCGGGAUCGUGAUCGGCACCGCUGUCUACGGUCUUCUCGACAGCAAUGCCUCAGUCGCAUUUGCCUGUCCACCCAGCCCCAUCCAAAACGAGUACCUGCAACGCUUCCCCUUCGUGGUCGCCUUCGCCGUCUGUUCCUCCCUCAUCAACCAAGCAAAACCUAAACAGAUCCCAGUCAUGGUCUUCAUUGCUACCGCUGGAUAUGUUGUCCUCUUCUUCGCCGGACGCCGGUUCACAUCCACCCAGAUCUCCAGCGCCCUUGGCGCCUUGGCAAUUGGCAUGAUUGGCAAUUUGUAUAGUCGGCUGGGCCAGGGGCUGGCCGCUGCCGCCAUCCUACCGGCUAUUUUCAUACAGCUGCCUUCGGGCUUGGCGUCCAGUGGUAGCCUGGUAUCAAGUCUAAUCAUUGCAACGCAGAUCAGGAAGCAUGGGUCCUCGUCGCGGCCGUUGGGCGAGCUAGCAGCUGACUUGUUGGCGAAUUCGACUGGGGAAUCUGUGGAAGACGUGAAAUAUGUGAUGGAGGAGUUGGUUAUGAGCAGGUUUUUGGGAAAUGUGGCGUUUGAUAUUGGGUAUGGGAUGUUGGAGGUGGCUAUUGGGAUUUCCGGGGGAUUGUUCAUGGCUGCUUUGGUGGUCUAUCCGUUCGGUAAAAAGAGGAGCGGGUUGUUUAGUUUUUGA